AUGUUGCCAUGUGUCUGCUGGCUCCAGCGUCUUCUUGCCUUGCUCUCUGCUGUUUUACUGACUCGAGGGGAAAACUGUCCAGCUAGUUGUCUGUGCCCGGACCCUCACACUGUGGACUGCAGCGGCCGGGGGUUGACCCGCCUGCCGGACUCCAUUCCCUUGGACGUGAGGAGGCUCUUGCUGUCUGACAAUUGGAUACCCCGUAUCCCCUCUGACUUCCUAGUGCUCUACAGUGACCUGGUGUACCUAGACCUGAGGAACAACUCACUGUCACACAUUGAACCUGGCACCCUGAGCACCUCCUCCAGGUUGGUCUUCCUGGACUUGGGUAGUAACAAUCUGACUGAAAUUCCCAAAGGGACAUUUGGAGAGUCGCGGAGCUUGAUCAAGUUGCGUUUGGGCAACAAUCCUUACUUGAGUAUGGUCAAUGAGGAUGCUUUCCUAGGCCUGACGUCUUUGCGUGAACUUGAACUGGAGCGCAAUGCGCUGUCUGGUCUACAGGUGGGAGCGCUAAGCCAGUUGCCCUCUUUGCGGGUAGUGAGGUUAGAGGGCAAUCCUUGGGUUUGUGACUGCAACUUUGCCAACCUGUUUGCGUGGCUGAUGGAAAACAGUCAUAAGCUUCCAAAUGGUGUGGAGGGCAUGGAGUGUUCCCUGCCCACAGAUGGCCGGCGUGUACCCCUAAGCCAGCUUUCCCAAGACAGUUUUCGGGAGUGCCAAAUCACCCUCACCCUUACUGACUUCCUUAUCAUCAUCUUCUCGGGCAUUUCUGUGUCUGUGGCUGCCAUAAUGGCCAGUUUCUUUUUGGCUUCCACUGUUCACUGCUUCCAGCGGUGGAGCAAAGGCAAUAAAGGAGAAGAGGAGGAGACUGAAGAGUGA